AUGGACCACCCGACUACGAAAAGAAAACAGCCGCCUCCCAAUUCUGUCUCAGAUCGCCCGGUGAAACAAGUUCGAAGACCUUCGCCUACAAUGCCCAUUGGAGACAGAGGGCCGCUACAAAAUGGCAUCUCUGCCUCCCAGAAUGAGACCCCGAAUGGAUACGGUUCGCCGAUGGAAGAAGAUGAGGAUGUUCAAAGCCUGAUACACGCCGCAGCAACCGCAGAUACCGCAGAGUGGCAAGCGACGAUCGAGAAGGUGGUGCAAAAUGUGGUCAGCAUACACUUCUGUCAGACGUGCGCAUUCGACACCGAGUCCGCUCUUUCGAGCGAGGCAACGGGGUUCGUGGUGGAUGCAGAGAGAGGGUACAUCUUGACCAACCGCCAUGUCGUCGGCGCAGGUCCAUUCUGGGGAUACUGCAUCUUCGACAACCAUGAGGAAUGCGACGUCUACCCCGUCUACCGGGAUCCUGUGCACGACUUUGGCAUUCUCCGAUUCGAUCCAAAGGCCAUCAAAUACCUGCCGUUGGGAGAGCUCACACUACGACCAGAUCUGGCAAAGGUCGGCGCGGAGAUCAGAGUGGUUGGCAACGACGCCGGGGAGAAGCUGAGCAUUCUUUCGGGAGUCAUUUCAAGAUUGGACCGGAACGCGCCUGAUUAUGGCGAGGGCUACUGCGAUUUCAACACAAACUACAUCCAAGCUGCUGCAGCUGCUUCGGGAGGCUCAUCUGGAUCGCCCGUUGUCAACAUUGAUGGCUUUGCGGUCGCCCUCCAGGCGGGUGGUAGAGCGGACGGUGCAGCCACAGAUUACUUCCUCCCCCUCGAUCGACCACUACGCGCUCUACAACUCAUCAAAGAAGGGAAGCACGUCGACCGAGGCACGAUACAAACGCAAUGGAUGAUCAAAGCCUUCGAUGAGUGUCGGAGAUUAGGUCUCAGCUCGGAGUGGGAGGCCAAAAUUCGAGCAGAGUUCCCAAAAGAGACUGGCAUGCUCGUCGCAGAGUGCGUCCUACCCAAAGGCCCAGCGCACGAGAAGUUGGAGGAGGGAGACGUGCUGGUCCAAGUCAACGGCGAGCUACUCACGCAAUUCGUCCGUCUUGACUCAAUCCUAGACAGCAGCGUCGGCGGCAAAGUCAACCUCCUCGUCCAGCGAGGUGGCCAGAAUAUGGAGGUGGAGCUCGACGUUGGAGACCUCCAUCAAAUCACACCUGGUCGCUUCGUCUCGGUAGCAGGUGCCUCCUUCCACGAUCUCUCAUACCAACAAGCACGUCUCUAUGCCGUCCCUCUGAAGGGCAGCGGCGUCUACUGCUGCGAAGCUUCUGGGUCAUUCCGAUUCGAAGGCUCUGAAUCCGGCUGGCUAGUGCAGACCAUCGACAACAAGCCCACGCCCGAUCUCGACACAUUCAUUGAAGUGAUGAAGGCAAUACCGGACCGGAGCAGAGUGGUGGUGACGUACAAGCAUCUUCGAGACAUGCACACCCUCAACACCAGCAUCAUGUUGGUCGAUCGGCAUUGGCACAAACACAUGCGCAUGGCCACGCGAAACGACAAGACAGGGCUAUGGGACUUUGAGGACCUCGCAGAGCCUGUGUCACCGACGACGCCAGUUCCCCGCAAGGCCAACUUCAUUCAAAUGGAGGGGUCUCAAUACCCCGCAGCCGUCGACAUUGUGCGCUCCUUUGUGAGAGUCAGUACGAGCAUACCGCUGAAGCUUGAUGGCUUUCCACGGGCUCGCAAGAUUGGUUUUGGGCUUGUCAUCGAUGCCGACAAAGGUCUGGUGGUUGUGUCCAGAGCGAUUGUUCCCUUUGACCUUUGCGAUAUCUCCAUUACCAUCGCCGAUUCGAUCAUCGUGGAUGCCAAGAUUGUGUUUCUGCAUCCGUUGCAGAACUAUGCCAUCCUGCAAUACGACACCUCGCUCGUGCAGGCGCCGGUCAAGACUGCAAAGCUCUCGACUCGUUCGAUCAAGCAAGGAGAGCAAACAAUCUUCUUUGGCUACAAUCAGAACCUGAGACCGGUUGUUGCGAAGACGGCGGUGACGGAUAUCACGACUGUUGCCAUUCCCGCAAGCGCCCAAACGCCUCGAUACCGCGCGGUGAAUCUCGAUGCCAUUACUGUGGACUCUGGCCUGAGUGGGCAGUGCGGUAGCGGUGUUCUUGUCGCCGAAGAUGGGACUGUACAAGCCUUGUGGCUGACCUACCUCGGCGAACGCAACGGACACAGCGGCAAAGACGUGGAAUACCACUUGGGCUUUGCAACCCCCGCGCUUCUGCCAGUCAUUGAGGAAAUCAAGAGCGGAGGCAAACCAGACCUGCGCAUUCUGAACUUGGAAAUGCAGACAGUCCAGAUGAGCCAGUCCCGCAUCAUGGGCGUUAGCGAGGAGUGGAUCGACCGCGUGGAAAAGGAAGACCCGGAACGCCACCAGCUCUUCAUGGUACGCAAGGUCGAUGCCGGCAACAUCGGCGGCCUCACCGAAGGCGACAUCAUCCUCACCCUCAAUGACCGUCUGAUCACGCGCGUGGACGACCUGGACGUCAUGUACAACAACGAGACCCUCUCGGCCGUCGUCAUUCGCAAGCAAGAGCAGCUCGCCCUUACCGUCCCUACAGUCCCCACCUCCGAACUCGAAACAAACCACGUCGUCGUCUUCUGCGGCGCCGUCCUGCACCGCCCGCACCACGCCGUGCGCCAGCAAAUCUCCAAAGUGCACUCCGACAUUUACGUGUCGGCGCGCAUGCGCGGCAGUCCUGCCAACAUGUACGGCCUCGGGCUGACAAACUUCAUCAUGGCGGUGAAUGGGGUGCCGACGACGGACUUGCCGUCGUUUGUGCGGGAGACGGCCAAGAUUCCGGACAACACGUAUUUCCGGUUGAAGGUGAUGACGUUUGAUAACAUGCCUUGGGUGGCGACGAUGAAGAAGAAUGAGCACUACUUCCCCACGGUGGAGUUUAUCAAGGACCCGUCGGUGCGGGAGGGGUGGAGGAGGAUCACGUAUGAGGGUGGAGAGGUGAAGAGGGGUGAGGGAGAGGUGAUGGCUGGUGCGGAGGCUGCGCCGCCGGAGGAGAUGGUGGAGUGA